AUGGAUUUUAUGAAACCAGACACUGUUCUUGAUUUGAAUAACAUUCGUCAAGCUUUGAUUAGAAUGGAAGAAACCAUUGUUUUUGCAUUGAUUGAAAGAUCACAAUUUUAUUCAUCACCAUCAGUUUAUGAACCAAAAAAGUUCAUCCCUAAUUUUGAGGGUUCAAUGUUAGAUUGGUUCUUAUUACAAUUAGAGAAGAUCCAUUCCCAAGUUAGAAGAUAUGAAGCUCCUGAUGAAAGUCCUUUCUUUCCUGAUGAUAUUUUACCCACCAUUUUACCUUCAAUCAAUUAUCCCAAGAUUUUAGCUGAUUAUUCUAAUGAGAUCAAUGUUAACGAUGAGAUCAAGAAAUUCUAUGUUCAUGAUAUCGUACCUAAAAUUUCAUGUAAGUUGGGUGAACAACAAGAAAAUUUAGGUUCAGUUUCUACCAGUGAUGUUGAAUGCUUACAAACCAUCUCCAGAAGAAUUCAUUUCGGUAAAUUUGUAGCAGAAUCUAAAUUCCAAAAUGAUAAGGAAAACUAUAUCAGAAUGAUCAAAGAAAAAGAUGUUGAAGGUAUUGAAAGAUCAAUUACUAACAAAGCAGUUGAAGACAAGAUCUUGGAAAGAUUAGAAAUCAAAGCUGAAAGUUAUGGUAUUGACCCAAGUUUAAAAUUCAGUCAAAACAAACAAUCUAAAGUCGACCCCAAGGUCAUAUCCCAAUUAUAUAAGGAUUACAUAAUUCCGUUGACCAAGAAAGUUGAGAUUGAUUAUUUAUUAAGAAGAUUAGAAGAUGAUUUUUAG